CUCUAGCGGGCGACUAACCUCCACCGGAGUAAACAGAUUGAGGCCUUAACGAACAAAACCUCCACUACCGGAGUAAAUCCGGUACAGAAUAGUGAGUUGGCUCCUCGACUAAAGUCACCAACUCCCUACCUUCAAUCAAGGAUGCUCUAUCAACCUAGGCAGAUAUUCUCAUUCUAGGUUAAAGCAGAAACAACAGGAAUUUGAUCAGGAUUCAAGUCAUUCAAUCAUUCAAACCUCAAUCGAAUAUAACCAAAUCAUAGAAUCAGUACUUGGGUUCAUACAAUCAAAGCCUAACAUACAAAUCUAGGGUUCUCCAUACCCAGAUGAAUGGGAGAACUACUCCAUGGAGAAAGAAGCAAAAGCAGAAUCAGACGCGGAAUUCAUACUGUGAAGGAUGGAUUCCUGCUUCUGGAUGUUGAUCGGCACUUCUCCAAGCUCAAACUGGCCUCCAAUGGUGUUGAAGAUCAAUCUAGGGCACUUGGAGACUCUUGUUCGUCGCUUUCUCUCUCUAGGAAUCGUUCUCUCUCUCAAAAACUCGAAUCCCCUUCUGUUUGGCUGAAAAUCUGCUUAAAAGGGCAUCAGUGGCCAAAGCACGGUCGAGGGCACGGCCGUGCUUUGCCUAAGCCCGCCCGUGCUUUGGCUAGUGUUAAUUACACGGCCAGUGCAAUGGGGGAAACACGGCCGUGUUUCGCGGUGGGCACGGCCGUGCUUUGCGUGAACACGGCCGUGCUUUCAGCCCGUGUUUGCAGCUGAAUUUGCCAAAUCAAUUAGCUCUCGGUAUAAAAAGCACGGCCACCAGAACACGGUCGUGUAAUGAUUUGGGUGUGCCCGUGUUUUGGCUCCAGCUUGACGAAAUGACCUCCGAAUGCCCCGAAACUCCCGCUUAGCCUUCCCUUUGACACCUGGGACCUGAAACAUGACAAAAUAGCACAACCCGGCGUAAAAUAGGCCAAAACACACGACUAUGCCCCUCAAACGGAUAAGAACUAGGGGCGCAAAUAUGUGCAAUUACAUCGUUAUCAAACUCCCCCACACUUAACCGUUUGCUUGUCCCCAAGCAAACCUAACUCAAACCAAUGCAACUCUCCAGACCUCUAUAGCAACAAACAACCUAGAUCAUAGGUAGAGGACUUCCUAGAUCAUUUAGCAACUUACGAGGUCAACCGACGCACAAGUCAUCUCAUAGCUUCUUCGACGAGAGCACUAGUAUCGAGUCGACAUCAUGGCAAAUAGUGAACAGAGGACAAAUGAAUUGUGGAUGAAGAGAUUCUCAAAAACAAAGGAUCAUGGACUCACAUUUUUCAAGGUGCUCUAUUUUCUUCUUGAAGAUGGUUGGAACCCCUUUUCUUUCUGUUUUGCUUGUUUUCUGUUAUUUUAUUUUCUUUUAUUUUUCAAGGGUCCCAACCUGCUCUUACCGGCCAUGCCAGGAGCGGAUGUCUCGAGCCUCGUGCGGGGGAAAGACAUGUAAGGGGGCUGGAGGUAGUAGGUGGAAAUUGGGAACGAAUUCCCGUCUCCCCUUACACACUUUCACCCUAUUCGCACGGGAGACGUUAUUUCAAAGCACAUUUCUGAGCACCUGUUAUUUUCAAAACAUGAUACAAGAGUCCACGACCGGUAGAGAAUCCAUAACACCACACAAUUCAAGGGUCCUAAGAUCACUAAUUCACUCAAUCAACCAACACAAUAUGAAGAAGCAAUGAGACUUCUUAAAUGCAUCAACAUCCUCCAUAGUGCUACACUACCUCCCUAGGUUGCAUAUUACUAUAAAGACUGUCAAUUCAA